AUGGCGGCAUCGGUGGCCUGCGCCUUCUUCUUCGACGCCGAGCCGGCCGGCGAGCCCGGCAAGCACGCGCUGGACGCGUGCGCGCUCUGCGCCAAGCGGCUGGCGCGCGACAGCGACGUCUUCAUGUACCGAGGGGACACGCCCUUCUGCAGCGAGGAGUGCCGCCACGAGCAGAUGCACCUCGACGCCGUCUCCGCCAGGCAGGCCGCGCGGAGGCUGCAGCGCUUCUCGCCGGAGACGGAGUCCCAGUCCCACCGUGGGCAGCGGCCGUCCAGGAAGAAAAUAGAAAAGGCCAUGGAUCUGAAGGAGGCAAUCAAACAUGAUUCACAAUUUGUUCAACUUCAGUGUGGGCCACCCGUGUGCGCCGUCUCUUAUUUCGUUUCCCUCAAUGAUUGGAUCCUGUUUGGUUUUUGGUACGACAUGCUAGGGACACUCUGCAACAGCACUGCACUGUUAAAAUGGAAUUGA